CGACUCCUCCCUCAUCUCAUGGACCAGCUUCCUCUGGAACUACUUGUGCUCAUCAUCGAUGACAUUCGGGGUAUCAAAUCCUUGAAAGCAGCAUCCCUUCUGUGCUCCAGAUUUCGCGACCCUUGUCAGAAAAAACUCUACGAGGAACACACCAUCAGAUUUGGCGUGCAUACCAACGACUGGAUCGACGCUGCUACUCAUUUCUCGAAGGCUCCUCAUUUGGGCCGCUAUGUCCGGCAAGUCUUACUUCAAAUAUCUCCCGUUGGGAAGCCCGACUCUGUGGAGGAAUGUGCAUCUGCCAUGAGCUCGGUAUUGGACAGAUUCACUCGUGUCGUGACCGUUCGCAUGGAAGGAGGGAACCAGUCGCUUGCCCAGGAAGCCUAUUGGAGUAUCCCUGAAUGCCUGCAGAACAGAAUCUUCAAAUGGCUACUCGGUCUACGAGGGUCUCUUCGCCAUGUUCGGAUGUCGCUCCUUUCACGGGUCCCGCCUUCGAUUCUUUGCUGCAUAUUGUCAGUCGUCUCGUCCCUCGUACUCAAUCAUAUCGACUUGGCGGAUGGUCAACCGGUUGGAGAAUUAUCACAGGACACCCAUCUCCGACAUCUAUGCCUGAACAGCAGUAGUGUGGCGAGUUUCUUGCUUCUUCCAGAGCUCAAACAUUACACUCACGCUCUACGCCAUCUCUCUAUCGACACUUUCUACAUGCCGACCGUGUUCACGUCCUUUUGCCGCCUCGUUGCGGGUACUCUUAAACGUCUGGAUCUUAAUGUCCCCCCAUACACUCGUUAUUCGCACAAGAUUCGAGUCGCGCCCUGGUUCCCAAAGUUACGCAAGCUUGCGAUUCGGAUUGAGUAUUACGGUGCUUCAUUGGCAUUUACCGACACAGCAAACAAUGACAUUCUCCGGUCGCAGUUUGACAGGGGCUGCCUCGCUAUCACAAAAUCGUUCUCCCCUGCACGCGCUCCACUACUCUCCCGCAUUACAUUUAAGUUCAGCUUCAAUGAACUGCAACCAAAUACGCCGCCCUAUAGCCUCACCACAACCGCUAUGUCAGAGCUAGACGACUUCAUCGACACCCAUCCUGGCUCGCCGACCGUGAUUUGGGUUGCGAAGAUAUGGGUGCGUGGGGGGGACGCUGCUCAAGUCCAGGCCACGUUUUCAGCAGCUUUACAUGGAGCUUUGCCAAAGAUUGUAGCCAAAGGGUUGCUUGUCAUCAAGUACAAAUAA